AUGUUUUUUUUCCAACUUCCCUAUCUGCCUGAGUUUGCAUUGAAACUAAACAACUACCAUUUUUUUGACAAUAUGUUUGGUAACCAACCCAAAACUGGUAUCGCCUUCUCCGAAGCAUUUCAAAACCCUUUAAGCAAAGAUGAAGUUGAUACCUACAAAUACACCUUUUCUCAACCAG